UGUUCACUAUAAGAGGCUCAGUGCGCCUGCGCGGGAAAGUAAACUUCCUUCUGGGAUCUCAUAAAAUGGGAAUAUGAGGAUUCGUUGGUGCUUCUGCAGGUCUUUGGGCCGUGUGCGGACACACUUCAUCAUCGCCUCUAUACUGUUGCUGCUUCUGGCCGGAGUCUCUCUGACCUUCUUAUUGCCUAAUAAUGAGGACCGCAGCAUUCUCCUCAAGCUCCGUCAGAGCUCCAACAACUCACUCACUCUACUGGACCCCGAGGAUAGUUUUACUAUAAUUAUGCAAACCUAUAACCGCACUGAUAUUCUCCUCAAGCUCCUCAACCAUUAUCAGGCUGUGCCUCACCUGCAGUGCAUCAUCAUAGUGUGGAACAACCCUAGCGAGUCGCCGCCCAGGGAACUGUGGGACGCCCUCGGCCCACACCCUGUGCCCAUCAUCUUCAAAGAGCAGAGCAUCAACAGAAUGCGCAAUCGCCUGCAGCCGCACCCCGAGAUCAAGACUGAUGGGCCGAUGACAUAUUGUACGCCAUAAGAAAAGAAAUUAUCUUUUAAAAUCUCAAUUAAAAC